GGCUACACAGUUGGUGCUUUCGCUCUUGGUGGUCUUGUCGGUAGUUUGGCUACUAUGUAUUUCAACGUAUGGUUUGGUCGCCGCAUGAACAUUAUCAUUUCUUGCUGCUGGUUCAUUUUUGGCGGUAUCUUAUCUGCUUGUGCAGUCAACAUUGGCAUGUACUCAGUAGGACGUGCGCUUGUUGGUUUCGGUUCAGGCAUGGCUGGUUCCUCUGUUGCAAUCUACGUUUCCGAAAUCUCAACAAAGUCAAGUCGUGGUGCCCUCGGCAGCGUUUUCGAAUUUUUCCUAAACCUUGGUAUUCUUUUGACCCAAGUUGCCGGUCGUUAUAUGAAAGAUGCUGGUGUUUGGCGUAUGCUGUGGGGCAUACCUACCAUCAUUGCCGCCAUCCAGCUCCUUUUGAUGGUGUUCUUCAACGUCGAAUGCCCCCGCCGUCUGUGUGCUGAUGGUAAAACCGAGCAGGCCAGAGAAGCUAUGCAACGACUCCGAAAAGGUGCCGAUAUUACGUAUGAAUUCCAGAAUCUAUUGGAUGCUCGACAGCGUGAAGUGGAAUCCAACAUGAAGAAGAUGUCUAUUCUUGAUAUCAUUCUCGUCAAGGACCGUCAUAUCACCUGGAACACUAUCAUCGUAAUGAUGUUACAGGCCUAUAACCAAGUUGGUGGUAUUGGUCCAUUGUCAGUUUAUGCUGUCGGCUUCCUCGCCAGUGUUUUCAACAAUGACUAUGAGCUUGCCAGCAACAUCUCACUUGCUAACGCUACUGGCAAAAUCGUCGCCACGCUUAUUUGUGUCAUCACGUUGCAGAAGGUCGGCCGCAGACCCUACAUGCUUAUUUCAACGAUGGGUAUGACCAUUUCCUGUAUCUUUAUUGUUAUCGGUUCCGUGCUUGGUGACCAUCUUGGCCCACUCGUGAUUACUGGCGCUCUCCUGUUUACGUUUACGUAUGCCAUGGGCUGUGGCACGAUUCCAUGGCUCAUCGCCCCUGAGAUGUUGCCAUUGCACGCUCUCCCACCUGGCUCCGCUUUGGGUUGCGCUUCCAACUGGCUGUUCAAUUUCCUUAUCAACACCCUUUGGCCACAGCAGCACGAAAAUCUCGGCAAUUACAGUUUUACCGUCUUUGCAGCAAUCAACUUUGUCGGCUUCGUCUUCUUCUAUCUGUUCCAGCCCGAGACUGGUCAUAGAGAUCUUGACCAAAAGCACGGCGGCGAGAAAGAAGAUGACGUUGAAACUCCUGGUACGGCUGGUUCGUCCAACUCGCUCUCUGAUACCGAUCCCAAAUCCGAAAAGGUACAGCAUAUUGAAGAGGCCAAGUAA